CUGAUGACGUACGCGCUAUCGCUGACCUGGAACGUACUGCCCUUCUCAAGGACGGUCGUUGGUAUGUUUCUCUACCAUGGAAAGAUAAGGAGUGUAAAAUGCCAGACUCUUACACUGCCGCUGUAAGAAGGUUCCGAGGUAUUGAAAAUAAAAUGGAGAAGGAUUCAGGUUUUGCUUACAGGUACAGAGAACGUAUUCAACAUCUACUGGAAAAUGGAUUUGCUAGAGUACUUGAGGACUCCGCGCCCACUCCCCGGACAUGGUAUUUACCUCACUUCGGAGUGGACAAUCCGAAUAAAAAGAAAUUACGUCUGGUAUUUGAUGCUGCGGCGAAGGUGAAAGGUUCGUGUCUUAAUGAUUACUUACUCACGGGCCCCGAUUUGUUGUCAUCUCUAUUUGGUAUAAUGUUACGUUUUAGAGAGAAUAAAGUAGCAGUAACAGGUGACAUCAAAGAUAUGUUCUUACGCAUAAAAAUUCAUGACGAAGACCAAGACGCAUUUAGAUUUAUUUGGCGAAAUAGUCCUAAAGAAAAUAUUAAGACGUAUGUAAUGACGUCACUAAUUUUUGGAGCUAAUUUUUCCCCCUUUAUAGCGCAGUUUAUAAAGAACAAAAAUGCACAGCGCUAUGUGUCAACCUUACCGGCCGCUGUUAAAGCAAUAAUGAAUUCACACUAUAUGGAUGACUAUAUAGAUAGUUUGCCUGAUGACGAGUCAGCAAUAAAAAUGGUAAAAAAUAUAACUAAUAUCCACUUAUCAGGUGGUUUUGAGAUUCGUAACUGGACUAGUAAUAGCGAAGCUGUGUUGAACUCUAUACCUGAAGCAUCCUUAGGCACUGCAGCCAUAAAGUUUAAAACUCAUCAGCAGUUCGAAGGAGAGCGUAUUUUGGGCCUGAUAUGGUAUCCCAAAGAUGACGUAUGGGGUUUUGAUGUAUCUUUGAAAAGGAUUCCCGAAAGCAUUAUUCACGGUAAGGAGCGCCCUACGAAACGGUUAAUGUUAAGAAUAGUAAUGUCUAUUUUUGAUGUUUUAGGUUUCCUAUCGCCAUUUACUAUACAAGAAAAAAUUAUGCUACAGGAUACGUGGCGUCUUAAUAUUGGAUGGGACGAAUAUAUAUCAGAUGAUAUUUACGGUAAAUGGUGCAAAUGGAUUAAUUUACUUAAGUCUAUUCGUGACUUACGCAUACCGAGGUACUAUCAGGCGCCAUUAACAAUAAGGCGAGAUAGCCAGCCGGCCACGAACCUAACACCUUGCGAUUCGCCAGUACUCAUCGGACUCACUAUGCCGCCGACACCUCCGCUCGCUACGACCGGUGAGGGAAACUCCGUGACAGAGUCCGCAGAUGUUAUGUCAAUGAAUAUCGGCUAUGACAACCUACAAUUUUAGUGUUUAGCGACGCAUCGAGUAAAGC